UAUAGCCUGGAGUAUCGGUAAAGCCUAUACUGUGGUAUGAGUAUCUAUCUCUAUGGUACAUACUCGACCUCAGCUUGCAAACAUAGACAAGCAAAGGUGCGAGCGUAUCGCGUGAAGGGAAAGGAAGGAGGGCAGAAAGCCUUUGAAAGAUCGGGAGGAGAGGAAAAGGGCGGAAGGGAAGGGAGGAACUGCGCAUGCGUGACAAUGUCACUGACAGUUCUAUAUAUAAGUUGCACUUUUGGUGCUUUAAGGGUGGAUUUCUUUUCCUUUCCCAUCGUUGGAAUUGGUCCAAAGUGAAUUUAAAGACUUUUGUUGCCCGGAGAGGAACGAAUAACUGCCUCGUCUGUAAGUUGAUCGGGCGUUGAGUAGAGCGGCAAUGUGCGAGGUUUAACCUCAUCUGUUCAGCCCACACGCCGCUUAUUUAGCAGUGAACUUUCAACUUCUCCACCGCCUGUCUGACUGCUUUGACCCUGACCUUCAGGGUGAUGCACUGUAACUUCUGCAUGCGACCUCCGUUCUGGCUGCGGUUGUGAUUGCAAACAUCUGUUGCCUCACAGUUCAUCAAGUGGUAAAGAUCCUUCUUGGCUUGGCUGAGCCUCUGCUUUGGAGCAGGCUUGUGGUGUAUGACUCUUCCCAAUCAUGGCCUAUGACAGAAGUCUCCCACUUGCAGAAUAGUGUUCAUCAGAAGAGCUUUGCACAGGAAGCCAACCAUGCCUUGACAGCACUGUUUCCUGCCUGUUGACCUUCAGACUUGCUAAGGAUGCAGUGUGUGGUGCGCUUAGCCCUAGGGGCCGGGGUGAUACGGUUGCCAGCUCGUGGCAAGGCCUCCCUAGCUGCCAAGAUGGUGAAAUACCGGAAGCUGAAGAAACCAACGGAGCCUCAAGACUGGGCAACGGAUUAUCGGGAGAGAUAUAUCCCCUUUUCUAAGGAUCAGCUGGUUGAUGCCCUAGUAAAGGAGUUCCACUCUUCUAGACACACAGAUAAAGACUCAUUCCUGGCCUUUGUCUCUCAUGUGGACUCUUCCCUUCUGCACCAGUAUCACUCCAUCCUGGAGCAGUUAAAGGCUCUCUAUGCACCUAUUAAUCCUGACCAGGACACACUGCAGGAUUUCUCUUUGACUGAUGCAGAGCGUUUAACGAAAGAACAGGAAGUUUUGGCCAUGAUGGAACCACUGUUGGAUCAGGCCAACUUCAAUAGCUUGUCAGAGGAAGCAUUGGCCUAUGCCCUUGUGGUCCACCACCCACAGGAUGAAGUCCAGGUUUCAGUAAAUCUGGAUCAGUAUGAAUACAUAAAAUUCUGGGCUCUGGGCCAACGGAUUGGACCACUACGUGUGAUGACUUCCAUUCAGUCCCAGCACAGGGGAUUCUUUGGCACAUCGCGGAUUCCAUCAGAAAGGCAUUACUUCAAACGGGUGAUGGUGGCUGCCCGGCCUAAGAACUCCCACCUGGUGCUGAAAUGCUUUAAGGAUAUUCCCCUGGAAGGCCUGGAGCAGCUGUUGCCAGCUGUCAAGGUCCGCACCUCCAUCUUCUACAGGACCUUUCUCAACAUCAUGCUCAUAGUGAGCGGCUUGGCCCUUUUUGUCAACGUGGGGAUGGUGGUGCUUUCUGAUCUCAAGAUUGGCACCAUGACCCUGCUGAUCUUCUUUGCAGCUUUAAUGGCCUUCCGGGCUUGGAAGGUCUUUCGCCAGCGCCGCAACAUCCACUCCCUUGAGCUGGUGCAUAUGCUAUACUACCGCAGUACAUCCAACAACUCCGAGCUGCUGGACGCCCUCACUCUGCGUGCCCAGGAAGAGCAUGCCAAGGAGGUCAUCUUGGCACACAGUUUCCUCCUCCAGCUGCAGCUCCAGGGCCACCAGUGCCUCCUACAGGAGGCCACAGACUCGAAAACUGUCGAACUACUGAAGCAAGCAGUCCAGGCUUGGUUGCACCUGCACUCUGAUCUGGAUAUAACCUUCUGUGCUGAACGUGCCUGCAAGCAUCUCAGGGAGCUGGGGAGCAGGGCUGUGGGCUCUUCCACAGCUGGGGCUGGCCCUGCAACUGGGUAGGGGCCCCCCUGGUUGCUCUAGCCAGCAAUUUAGGUUCUAACUGGUCAGACCUCCUGACAAGCCCUUUAAGGCUGAGCAUGCCAAGUUCAGAAGGCACCAAUAUGGGUUACUUUCCCCAGGGCAUGGUGGGAGCUGGGGCCCAGGUCAUGGUUGCUGAUGCUGCAUGGAUUCUAAGAAGCCACAAGAUUUUUGUCACUAUUGUUGGACUAUUCUUUUUGGAUGUGUAUCUUCCACCAGAUAUGCCAUGUGAAACACAAGCAGGUAAUGCCACGAAAGGUGCAAAUUACUACAUGAUGUUCAUACAAAAUUAGAUCUCAUGGGAGGAGGGGUACAUUUUGCACCUCAGAGUCAAUUGUUUGUAGAUAGGGAAGCCAUGCUUUUAAAACUUCCCUUCUUGUUUUGGCAAAGCUCUUUUCUUAUAUGCUGCUGCUUGGAUUUUUGUUUUUUUUGGGGGGAUUUUUUUGAGCUGCCUGUUCUUCUUUCUUUGAGGAAUGAGGGGAAAGAACUUUCUUAUAUGGCUUUUUGAAAUGAGAAUGGUGCAAAGCAAUGAAUCUCUUGCAUUAAGGGCAAAAUAGGUUUUUUUAAUAUCCUUUGCUCUCCUGCUGAGGGCUUAAAAAGUAUUAAAUCACUUUUAUAGCACUUUGAAAUGCAUAACAUACACUUAUGUGGAGCUUGAAGACCAUGUAGCGCACUACACUCUUGUUUUUCAUGGUUUAUCAAGACAUUACAGAGGUUCAGUGAGUAAGUUCAGACAAUGCUUUAAGCUUGUUAAAGAAAGACAGUCUGCACUUUUUUAUUGCUUCUGCUUUUUCAGGCAUUGGCCCUGGUACUGGGAAUUCAUUCCAGGACUUGGAACAAAUUUAAGUCCCGAGUGAACAGAUGAAUUCAGACUUGAAGCCAGGCCUCCUGUGCUUAAGUCCUAAUAUUUUAUCCACUGGAUAUUCUAUUUUUUGGACAUCAUUCAGUUAGGUCAGCAUUUCACAGUGGUAGUCUGAAGUCCAGAAAUAUGCACACAUGGUGGGAAUUCCUAGGAUGACUCUUGGUAGAUCUGAACUGGAGACAGCUUUGCUACCUCUUCCUUGUGUGUACAGCACACACACUUCCUUAUCCUGUCUUUACUGAAAAGGUUCCUGCAUACCUGACUUUGGUCUUCCUGUUUAAAUAAGACACGCAUGCUCAAUGUAUGGCAGCACACACUUGGGGAAGCCAGUACUUUGCCAUAAAGAGAGCACUUACAGCUGUGAGUUCACUGUGGGCCGUGCUAAUCUAGAGGACUUUCAUCCCUACCCGAGCAAGACCCUCCAAAUUGUGGGAGGAAUUGCACUGAAGAGGCCGCUGUGGGAGGUUUGAGUGUUCGUCUUCUCAGUGAGAAAGCAGUGCAAGAAGCAGCAUCUAUCAGAAUUCUCUUGCUAGGUGUGUCUGCAGAAAAGGUUCGACCAAAGAUGCCAAGAGGAAGAAAGGUGGAUGGCGUUCGCAUACACUGCAAUCUGCAACUUUGCUCCGCUGCAGGUUGUAGGAACAGAGCUCUUCCCUGCUGCAUAGUGCAUGUGAUGGUGGGAGGUGAUGCGCCCAGUAGCAGCCUGGCUUAAAGCUUGGCCGAGCCUAUCAUGCGCAGAGUGAAUGCUGAGUCUUAAAAUAGUCUUGGAGCUUCUCCUCCUCCCAUGUUGGAAGCCUGUCAAGGCUCCGGUGGUGGUGAGGAGGGGGGAAGAAAGUACCUGAAUGUCUAUUGUAUCUUCAGUGCAAUAAACUAUUUUUCCCACCUUCACAAA